UAACUUGUAUAUUGCAACUCCGUUUCUCCCAUGAAGAUAGCCUUAGAUGCUUACAUGGGAUGGGAAUAAAAAUAACUACUACUACCAGAGGAAGUAGUCAGCCCAAAAAUAUUUGUUUAAGUAUUUAGUUUUGAGGAGCCCAGUGUGCAUCUUGAACUCAAGCAGAGUUUAUGAACAAGAGGAGAAAUAGUUUCCAUCAGUGUUAUCCAUGUAAUAGUUCUGUAGCGGUUAUGCUCUAAACAGUUUAGACAAUCUUUCACACAUCCUUAAAUUGUACAGUGUAUUUUGAUUUGACACAGAACUCUGAAUGCAAUAAAUCAGGGAUGGAGCACUUUCAAGCAUGUUAAAUCCUAUUUAUAUGCCCUAUAGACACAAUUUAAUAAAUGCAUGAUGCACCCAUAGGAAAAAAGACACACUGGCACUUUCUACCGGGAAGCCACAUGACUUCAGCUGAGAAAACUAUACGCUUAGAAAUUUGUAGUAAUAUUUGGGAGUUGUGCUGUCCAUUAAAUCUCUCUUCUUUCUUAAUUAUAGAUAUUCUGUUUGAAAAAUAGUGUCUCUCUGCUAUGGAGGAGAGUGUGAGCCCUGAGCUGGCUCAAGCCCCAGAGCCUGAGCCCAGCCAGGAUCCUGUGGAUACCAGCUCACAAGAACCAACAUCAGUCUCAGAAGAAGUCAAAGAUCAAAAAGACCAAGGUGAUGUUAGUGAAGACAAAGUAGAGGACCCUGACAAAUCCACAAAGCCCCCACGUGAGUUUAAGAAGACUUGGGGUUUUCGUCGGACCACCAUUGCUAAGAGGGAAAUCCCUGGAGAAAUGGCAGAGACCCCAGAGGGCAGGGGCGCCCCAGUGCGUCGCAGCGGCAGGCAGGCAAAGCGCACAGACAAACUGGAAGAGUUUCUGGUCACUGUGAAGCGAGGAAGAGGAACGGGCAGGAGAAGUUGUCCCUCACGACUUGAGGGAGGAGAUCCUCCAUCCCAGACCCCAACCGAUGCUGAAACGGCCUCCGAAGCCAGCUUUGACGGAAAUGCAGAUGCUAAAAUAGAGGAACAGAAAGUGGCCUCACCAGAGAAAAAGAAAAGUGGUCAGGGACGGACGAGGAGGGCAGUGAAGCCUAAAGCUGGCGGGGGCUCGGUGAGUGAUGAUGGCAGCUCUGAAAACGAAGAAAAGGAUUCCGGUGAGGUAAUGAAAGAGACUCAAGGAAAUGUUGAGACUGCGGCCAGUGCUGAAGAUGGAAAGGAUGAGAAAGAGGAACAAGUGAAGGAUGUGGAGAUGAAAGAAGAGGAAGGUGAGGAGGAGUGUAAUAAGAACAAAGAGAAGACCUCAAACGAGUCCUUAAAUAGACGUCCUACUAGAGCAGUCUGUAAAGACUCCAAAAGAGACACUAAACCCAAAGUAGGAGUGAAGCUCCGCAACGAGAAGAAAGAAGAUGAUGAUGAUGAAGAUGAUGACGAAGAGUCAUCGUCCAGUGAGUCUGACAGUGAUGGUUAUGACCCUAAUGCACUUUACUGCAUCUGCAGGCAGAAACACAACAAAAGGUUUAUGAUCUGCUGUGAUCGCUGUGAGGAGUGGUUUCAUGGCAACUGCGUUGGCAUCUCUGAGGCACGUGGCCGACUGAUGGAGAGAAACGGAGAGGACUAUGUCUGUCCAAACUGCUACACACAGAAGGGACAGUUUUCCAAGGCUGGUUCCUCCACAGCAGCUGCAGAGAAUGGCAAACGGCCAGCAGCUGGCCUUCGUAAAAGUGAGACCGGUCUUGCUACACCAUCUAGCACUGCUGCAGCCACCACAGAGGAGAAAACUUCUGAUGACCUGGGCAUCAAGGGCAGGAUCGAGAAGGCUACCAAUCCUAGUGGAAAAAAGAAAAUAAAGAUUUUCCAGCCGCAGGUGACUGCAGUCAAAGGAUCUUCCCUUCCAAAGUGCAUUGGCCCUGGCUGUGAGAGAGAUGCACUCCCUGACUCCGUCUACUGUGGGAACGACUGCAUACUCAGACACGCCGCUGCUGCCAUGAAGACCAUCACCACGGAUGGAAAAGGCUCCAAACAGAAAGAGAGGGUCAGGCCCAAGGCACAGAAAAAGACCUCAAAUAAAUCACCAAAUAAGUUUAUUCCUUCUGUUUUCCCAGCAGCUGCCCAAAAAGACAAAGAAAAGGAGGACAACGAGGAAGUCAAGCCAGAGAAGGAAACCGCUUCCGCUGACAAGAAACCUCCUGCAUCAAAUGUUGCUCCCAAAGGAGGGAAGAAGUCUCCUGGCUACAAGGGUACGAAGGCAGCUGCUGCCACCUCGCCUCUUCCCAAAGCCAAAACAACUGCAGCACCUUUGAACAGUGGAAGAGAGUUAAGGAAACAGCCCAUACCCAUACAGGGCAAAUCAAAAAAGCCAGGACCUCCCCCACCACCAAUUCCGGUUUUAUCACCUUCAGGCCUCCCCGGAUCUCGCCACCAUGCCACUGGAGCUCUCCGCGUGGGUAAGAGCACCUUUACUAUCCCAAAAAAGCAGCCACAGGCAGGGCAAAAGGACUCUGCAGAGCCUGGUCCCUCUCCCACCACUAGAACCCCACCUUCACCAGGGCCAUCCAUCCAGCACUCAGCACCUAAACCAACCCAACCCAUCGCAGCUGCUGCUCCUCCACAUCCACCACCCAACAACCAGAUGAGAUCCAACAUCAGACGAUCACUGACUGAUAUCUUGUAUAAAAGGGUCAGUGACAGUGAUGAUCUCUCAAUGUCUGAGAACGAAGUGGGAAAGUUGGCUGUCGGCAUUGAGAAAGAGAUGUUUAACCUUUAUAUGAACACUGAUAACAAGUACAAGAACAAGUACAGGUCCCUUAUGUUCAAUCUAAAGGACCCCAAAAACAAGGGCCUGUUCUAUCGCGUGGUUGGUGGCGAGAUCAGUCCUUUCAGGCUGGUGAGACUGAGUCCAGAAGAACUUCUUUCCAGGGAGAUGUCAGACUGGAGAAAAUCUGAGAUCUCUGAGAGUCUGGAUAUGAGUGGGAGAUCCCAGUCAGGACAGCCCAAAAGUGGAUCUAGACAGGAGGGUGCUCCCCCAGAUGUGGACAUGGAGGAGGCUCCUCCUAUGUCUGAUGGAGAUGUAUGUAUGCCUGCCACUUCCCAGUCUCCCCACUUGGCUUCUGCUGCUGACUCCCAGGAGGAUGCACGGCCUACUUCUGCGUCACAAGCCCCAGUCUCUACUGGGAAAGGCAGUUCAAUGCCAGAUAUCUUUAGUAGUAUGCUGAAAGACACUACAGCAGAGCACAGGGCUCAUCUCUUUGACCUGAACUGCAAGAUCUGUACAGGCCAGAAGUUGGCAGAUGAUGAACCACCAUCUAAAAAAAACAAAAUGUCUGCACCUAAAAAGCCAGAGCACUCUUUUAAGUCUAAAUCAGAGUCAAGACCAUCCAAAUCUCCUGCUGAUCUCCCUCAAGUUUCCUCUCUUUCUGGUCCUGAGACGCCCAUGCCUGAUUCUGCAGCUGUAAUGGAGGAUCCAAGCAGUGUAUUUCCUGUGGUUCAGGCCCCAGUCACUGCUGCUGUACCUGCAGUCUCUUCUGUUACAAUAACUCGACGGGAUCCUCGUACUGCUGGUCACCGUUCAUCUGUGCCCCAGAUAGUUCCUGAUGUUGUUGUUCCUGCUAUGCCAGCAAAUAUUCCUAUCUCUGUUGAACCAGUGGCUGUAGAAGCAAAGGGUCCUUUGCCUAUGCCCCCUCCUGCCCCAGCAUCUAUACCCAGACCUGUGAUCCUAAAAACGGCCUCUUAUGGGUCCAGUACUACCAGUAUGUCAGAGCCCCCUCCUGAGGGUGAAACCGCUUUGUUCUUGUCUGGACAAGAGAUGAUGUGGAAAGGAUUCAUAAACAUGCACUCUGUUGCCAAGUUUGUCACGAAAGCCUACUUGGUGUCAGGAUCAUUUGAGCAUAUUAAAGAGGACUUGCCUGACACUAUUCAUAUUGGUGGUAGAAUAUCACCACACACUGUAUGGGAUUAUGUGGGAAAGUUGAAGACUUCACUGUCAAAAGAACUCAGUCUCAUUCGUUUCCAUCCAGCAACUGAAGAGGAGGAGGUGGCGUAUGUGUCUCUGUUUUCUUAUUUCAGUAGCCGUAAGCGGUUUGGAGUAGUGGCAAACAGCAACAAGCGCAUUAAAGACCUUUACCUCAUCCCUCUGAGCUCAAAAGACCCACUUCCUGCGAAGCUUCUGCCAUUUGAUGGACCAGGGCUGGAACCAGCUCGUCCCAAUCUCCUCCUGGGGUUGUUAAUAUGCCAGAAGGACAAGAAGCGUCCUGGAGCCCCUCUAGAGAAUGAGGAAAAACGUUCUAAAACUCUAAGAGAUGAUGAAACAGGCCUCCCAAAACCAUCCACUACUGGUAAAUCUGAAAUAAAACCGGACAAAGUUCUUCGAUCUAGUCUGGAUGCCAUAAGCACAACUCCCCCAGGCACCCCUCCACCCCUCAGUGCCUCAGAGUCUUCAAGUUCUGUCUCAUCUGUGUUUUCGAUACUGUCCUCUGUGAAAGCACCUGGUGUCAGCACUAGCACAGGCAGCAAUUCUCCAUCCUCCAAUGUCUCAGCAGCAUCUACAGCUUCUUCCACACCACUUCAGACUAUCCUGAAAACACUUUUUGGUCAGAAGAAGCAGGAUUCUGAUGUCUCGUUAUCACCUUCAGAUCAAAGUGCUGUAGAUGUCGCUUUGCCUUCUGUGUCCCUGUUAGAUCCAAUUGUACAGCAGUUUGCAAUAACCAAGGGUAAAGAGGUAGAAGUACAGGAUGAUAGACCGUAUGAUCCUGAGGAAGAAUAUGACCCAGCUGUUGGCUAUGGUACAGAAAAUACCCAUGAUAUAACCAAAGUAUCUGCUGCAGUUAAGCAAGCAGAGGUCACCCCUGUGAUGGAUGAUGUAGCUUAUGACCCUGAGGAUGACUCUCUUUUUGAUGAUGUUGGGGUUGAUCCAAGUGCUAAGAAAUUAACUGAACAUCAAAAGGUGCUUGAAGAAAAACAGAUUGAGGAACAGAAGCAUGAGGAACCAGUUCAUCAACAAAUGCCAGAGACUUUGAUUUCUCAGCCUGUUACAUCUCUGUUGGCUAACAGUCAACUGCUGCAGCUUGGUAAAAAGGUUGAAGAGUUGGUGGCAAAGACUUCAGCCGCUCCAGUUAUUAACCAGAGAAGAGACCCAAGGCAGAGUAGAGACCCUAGACAGGCAGUUACUAGUAGAAGACAGACAUAUGAUUCCACAGAAGCAGAGGAGGAAUCUUCUCUUACCACAGACAAAACCUCUCCAAAACAAGGUACAGUGACAGAAACAUCACCAACACAAGCAUGCACAGUUGCAGACACACAGACUGCAAAGCUAGACUCUACCGAGGAUACAUCAGUAGAGGAACCCUCUGCAACCACAGAUAUGCCCCUGUCACAAGUCACUGCCACCUUAGAUUCAGUGCAGUCUGCCAUCCUGGACCCAGAAGCAUCCAAAUCUGAGGAAAGGGGUGAGAGUGAGGAAGGAAGCGAGAGCGAAGAGGUGCCUUUUCUUGAUACAAAGAGCACAGAAGUUUCUAUUCCGUUACUAGGGGAAAAAAUUGACCCAGAGUUAGUUGAAAGCUACAUUGAAGAGGAACCCAAAACGAAGGGUGACCCCAUUGAAUCUGAGAUCAAAAGUUUUGAGGAGGUUUGGCCUAAUUCUGCCAGUAUUUUAAAAGCUGAUCAAGUUUCAUCCAUUGGGCAGCCUAUUGAGACCACUACAACCACAUAUUAUAACAUUUCAACAAUCAGUACUUCAUCUACAUCUUUACACUCAGGAGUGCCACAAGAUGUCAUCCAAGACAACUCAUCUUAUAUGGAUUCUCACAGUUCCCAUAUACAGCACAUACCAACAACAAACCCUGCUAACAUUCCACCUCCAAUGUCUUUUCCACCACCUAUUCUUGGUCCACCUCCCAUGCAAGGCCCACCACCAAUCGCUGUUCCACCACGCAUGCAUCUCCCUCCUCCAAUGUCAGGACCACCGCCAAUGCAGAUUUCCCCAAUGCAAGGUCCACUUCCUCCCCUUGUGGAUAAUGAUCAUUCUCAGUAUCCACCACCUGGAUCGUAUCCACCUUUCCAGAAUCAGUGGGGUAGCAGUUCUCAGUUUGAUGCUGCUCCAAGAGGUCCACUGCCUCCAAAUUUUACACCAAGAGGACCACCUCCAUUCCAACCAAUGGGUCAGAGAGGUCCUCCUCAUCAGAUAUUUGAUAAUUCCAUGAAUUCAUUGCCCCCUCAGCAUAUCGGACCAAGAGGCCCACCUCCAGGGCCCCCACCACCCAGGCCACCUCCCAGCUUCGAUGGACAAAGGUUUAAUGGGCCUCCACCCCCUUUUAACUUCUCUGUACCCAGGGGCCCACCUCCACCAUUUCCUGGUCCCCCUUCAAAUCACUUUGAUAAUAGAGCACCACCACCAUCCCACUUCCCUGGGCCAAGAGGCCCACCUCCACUUCAUAACAUUGGGGAUCGUGGCCCUCCAUCUAAUAUGUCAAGAGGGCCUGGUGAUCAAUUUGAAGAUGGUGGAAACUCAUAUCAUCAGGGAAUAGAGAAGCCCCAGAUACCUUCACAAGGGCCUCCUUUUAGGGGACCACUGCCAAACCACUUUGAUGGACGAAGAGGACCCCCUGGACCUUCAGGUGAAAUGUCGGGACAGCAAUUUCCACCUCCAAACCAAUUUCGUGGUUCACCUCAACACAGGGGAUCAUUUGAGGAACCACGGGGAACUUCAUCUCAAGACUUUGAAAAGCAUCGGGGACCAUCAGUGCAGCAGUUUGGUGGCCCGAGAGGUCCACCACCAGGACAUUAUGAUAAGGAACCUGUUGGUCAGCCAGCACGAUUUAACUACAACGAUGAUACCCCAAGUGAUGUUCGAGAUGUUAGACCUGUUCGUGGACCUCUGCUUCCGACACCUCCUGAAGGUCCCAUAACAAUACAAGGCCGUAUAGGUGGACACAGCCCAGACAGCCACCGUGAUGACCACUGGAGACGGCACUCCCCUGAAAUGAGGAGGCGAAGCUGUUCCACCAGAGAUAGUUCAGAGCCACAUAACCGUCCGAGUAGAUUUGAUGGUGGUUCACGUGACAGAGAUGCCUCCUCAAGGUUAUCUGAAGAGAGACAGCGCGAUUUGUCUGAAGAUAGGAGGAGAGACCGAGAUCGAGAAGGUGGACAUGGUGGACGAUCAUGGGGCUGGAACAGGGAGCAUGAGUAUGACCGGGGUAGAGAAAAGGAUCGUGAAAGAGACCGGAGCAGGGAAAGAGAUAGGGAGCGGGGCCGCAGCAGGGAAAGGGAGAGCGAACACAGUAGAGAGAGGGAUCGCAGUAGAGGCAGAGAGUCUGACCGAUACAGAGAUGGAGAUGGAGACAAGAGGAGAGACCGAGAUCGAGACAGAGACCGUGGCAGGGAGAGGGAGCAAGACCGAAAAGACCAUGACCGAGACAGAGCAAAGAACAGAGACAGAGAAAGAGACCGUGACAGAGAUCGAGACAGCAGGGACAGGAGAAGAGAACGCUCAAGGAGUCGUGAACGAGAACGUGGAAAAGAUCGUGACAGAAGAGAUCGGGACAGAGAACGGGACAAAGACAGAGGCAAAGACAAAGACAGAGACAGACGGGACAGAAGCAGGAGCAAAGAAAAGAAAGAUGACAAAAAAGAAAGAUCUGACAACUCGAGGGCAAAGUCUACAGAAUCUGAAAACCCAUCAUGAAAGUCAUUCAUCUUAACUGUUGACUGACAAUUUUUUUCUUUCUAAAUUUGCAUGGGUUUGAAUGUUGAGCUUGAUGGUCUCUUUUGUACUCUUUUCUUGCUGAAUAUUUUAUGCUUUUUAUUUACAAGGCCUUGAUGUUGAUAACAUCUUCAGGCGUACUUCUUAUGUGAUGAUAAUUUUGUCAGAACAACAUACACUCUCCCUGUAGUUCUAUUUUAAAGAAAAAUAUGGAAAACUUCACAGUUAAGAAUAAAACAAGACAUGUAAAUAUGUAUGUAUUCGUGUAUAUACAGGUGAGUUUUUAAUUACUUUUUUCUAAAUAGAGAAGUCAUAAGCCAUAUAGGUUUAAAAUUAUGUUUAAAGGAAA